AUGUUUAGCUCGGAUCAAAAUCGCCAGGGCUUUGAUGUUGGUGCAAACUCCACUCUUGCUGGUUCUGUGCCGCCGUAUAUGAUGAUGUACGGCUCUUACCCAAAGACAAAUGGAGGCAAUACAGCCGUGAACUUUGGAAACCAACGUCAAGUGGCGACAAAUCCCGCGGUCAACAAUUCAACGCCUGUUUUUCGACACCCCUACAGCUUGCCGAUGGUCGGCUUCAGUAAUCUGCCAGGUGUUGCUCAGGAGGAAGAGGAGAUAGAAGGGAUAUUUGAGGUUCAUGACAGCCACCUAAAAGCCCCUAUUCUUGUGCGACCUGGUGUUGUGUUCCCCUCGGUGGGGAGCCAGAACCUCUUUAGCGCACAGCAUCAAGCUGCCGGUUUCGGCAGUCGCAACAACAUGCGCAUAUGUGAACCGUUUCAAGAGGGCCGGUGCAUCCUUGGUGAGGCCUGCACAGAUAUUCAUGUUUAUCCAGAAUAUUUGGCCAGCACAAGACAAGCGAUGGUUUCAUGGCUCCAGAGUAAAGAGCGCGAGUUUCAGCAGUCGCUUGCGCAGGAUCCAGGAAAGGUGUUUCGUGUCUUCUGUGCUGACCUAAAGGAGGUGGUGGAGGUGCCAAUAGCGGCAUUGCGUUUUACAAAGGGGUUGUAUGUCGACCCCAGCAUGCGGGCAAGGCGGGCACGAAGUGGGCACCAGAAUCAAUUUGCAAUGAUGGCAUCGCAAGUACCAACAGCAUGCGGACUCUUUUCUGCUGACCCUUCACAAUGUAAAUGGGGGCGGUGGUGUAACCAGGUACAUAUUGAGCUAGCGUGGAUGCAUUCAAAGAAGAAUGAAUUCGAAUCAUGGUCAAACAAUCUUGAAAAAUGUUUCAAUAGUUUGCCACCUAAUUACUUGUUCACCGUUCACGAUCCCCAACUAAAGACAAGCUUGAGUCUUCCGAAGGCUAGCAUCGCUGGCUUCUCGCGAGGUUUAUUUCAGGGCUCAGCGAAAAAAGCACCAAGUGUGUGUAUGCUUUUUCAGCGCAACCGCUGCACUGCCAGUGCAUGUUGCAACCAGAUACAUGUGGUGCCACCGUAUCUCCAUCUGCAUCGUCAGUGGGUUCAUAGUGGUGAGCAACUUUCGGCUGAGGAGCGAAAAGAUCUCUUUUUGAGAAUGAAAAACAUGCUUGCUACACUCGCCGCACAAUCCGAAACGGAUUCCACCGACGUGAAUGACGCUGCCGGGCAAGGGAGGGAACUAAACCCAGAAGCAUGGCCGUACGUCCCAACACCACCACCGCAAGGUCUGGGUGAAACCCCCGAGGUGCGAAGAGACAUAGAGAAAACACCACCCAAUAACAACGGAGAGCGCCCCGGAGUCCCGCUCGUGAGCCACCCGUCACUGAUGCAUCCUUCUCACGAUGGGAUUAUCUCCUCGGAGAAUGAAGCAUUCUAUACUCCUGUGAAGAUGCCAGCAUUUACAAAACAUCAACAAGCACAACAAGGCAGACCGCCGUCUGCACACGAAUCUGGCAACAGCAACCCACGUAAUCUCAGAAGUACCUCUACCGGGUGUGUUUUACCAUUAGGUGAUUUGGUGGUGGUGGUCGAUGGGGAUGAACGGUCACAGUCUUCUUUGCAAGCGAGUCACAGCAAUUUAAGCCAUGCUGGGAGGAGCUACAGGCAUACAAACAACCCCUACACCCUUGGCGGAAGUACUAGCUGCACGGCCUCACCAAGUUUCGGUUGGGUUCAACCGGUGCGAAGUGCAGGCAAUAGCUGCACGACCUUCCCAGCUGCUGGAGCCUCCGGAGACGGUGGUGCGCAUCAUGGAAAUGGUGUGUGGGGGGCGAGGGCGAGGGGUGAAUCUUUUGGGGGAACGGACACGCGGUUGGUGUCCCUCGGAUUUCCACACCACGACUUUGAUGGUAGCCUGCACACCUUGUCUCCUUCGUCCCUUCCCUGGAAUGCAUCUGGCAGCGUGGGCCCCAAAGUGACGGAAGAUGUUCAUAAAAACACACCAGAAAUGGAUUCUUCAUUUGUCGGGAGCAACAGUUUUUUUGGGCAACUCUAA